CCUCCUCUGUGUGUGCUUGUGUCACAGGAAGAGGGUAUGUUGAUUUUAAGCACUAAACAGCGUAUUUUCAACAUUCAGGAUUCACUUCUCAAAACUGAUUUUAUUUGAGAAAGAAGCCCAAAGGAAGAGGAAAGAAAGAGCAGUCAGAAAUGACUCUUUCCCAGGUGCUGUUAACUUUCAGGGAUGUGGCCAUAGAAUUCUCUCAGGAGGAGUGGGAAUGCCUGGACCCUGCUCAGAGGGCCUUGUACAGGGACGUGAUGUUGGAGAACUACAGGAACCUGCUCUUCCUAGGUGAGGAUAACUUCCCUCCAAAAGUCAGGAUCUGCCCUGUAUAUCUUUGCAUUUUCCCUUGGGAGUCUCUGGGGAGCACUGCUUUGCUGGCUGGGUUUCAGAUUCUUGUUUUUCAGAGAGAGUUUGAAGCCAUGUUGAUUCAGAAAUAA